AUGAUGACUACUCUAGAAGCUGUCAAGAAGAAGCAAAAUUAUACUAGCGUACAUGAGGCAGUGAAAGCUGGUGAUGUAGAACAGCUUGCGUCAAUGAUAAAAAGUGGAGCUGGUAUUAAUGAGGUGGAUUUAGUCCACAAAUUCACACCAUUGCAGUGUGCUGCACACUCUGGAAGUCUGGAGUGCCUUCACUGGUUGCUCUGGCAUGGAGCUGAUGUCACACACAUGGCUGUCAGAGGCUGGACAGCAGCUCACCUUGCAGCUAUCCGAGGUCAGGAUGCUUGCAUGCAGGCUUUGUUAAUAAAUGGAGCAAACGCAGAAGCUCAAGAUGAUCGUGGGUGCACGCCGUCACACUUAGCUGCAGCCCAUGGGCGGUCUUACACCUUGCAAACCAUACUGCGAAGUGGAGCGAAUGUGAAUGUUUCAGACAGGAAUGACUGGAAGCCUGUUCAUUAUGCUGCUUUUCAUGGUCGCUUGGGGUGUUUGCAGCUUCUUGUUAGAUGGGGAGCAUGUAUAGAUGAUGAGGAUAACAAUGGAAACCUUCCAGCUCAUCUGGCAGCAGCGGAAGGACAUUUGCAUUGCUUUAAGUUCUUGAUCAGUAAAAUGGCCAGUGUCAUGCACACACUGAAAGCCAGGAAUGACCAAGGAGAGACCCCAAGGGACUUGGCUGAACGGUUCUAUAAAGAUAAUAUUCUGCAAUAUAUUGAUGGUGUGGAAAAAGAGGGAGAACAUCCAGAGACACAGGAGGUUUUAGCUUUCCCAGCUCAUGGUGCUGCUUUCAAAGGGGAUUUGUUAGUGCUUAGAAGAUUAGUGAGAAGUGGAGUAAUCAAUAUUAAUGAGCGAGAUGAUAAAGGAUCUACUCCCAUGCACAAAGCUGCUGGACAGGGGCAUAUCCAUUGCUUACAGUGGUUGAUUGAAAUGGGAGCUGACUGUGACAUUACAAAUGAUGCUGGAGAGACUCCAAAGGAUGUAGCUAAGAGAUUUGCCCAACUGGCAGCUGUGGAACUUUUGACACAAAGAACUGGAGAUGGUAACUCUAGUGAUGAAGAACUCGAUGCAAACAACAUAAAGUUUUUUGAAAGGCACAGUGUGGAAGGGAGUACAGAUAGCAAAGAAGAUUUAACCCUGGAUAAAGCAGAGAAAAGGAACGCACGCAUGAGGGCCUAUCGCAAGAUUCAAGAACUUCAGCAACUUCUAGAAAUUGCCUACAGCAACUACAGACAGCUGGGAGGAAUAACUGAAGAGGAGAAGAAAAUGAAAAAAGAAGAGAGGGAAGUUGAGAAGGCUGUGAGGGAGCUGGAGGCCCAGCUAGAAUACGAGCGAGUCAGGCGGGAGAAGCUGGAGAGCCAGCUGGAUGAGUACCGUGCUGAGAUAAGCCAUCUCAGAGCGAGCCUGGAGAAAACCCACGUCCCCCCUGCUCUCCCCCUGGAAGCUGAGACCAUCUCCAAGUCUUGCAAAGAGAAAAAGAAAGUGAAGAAACCAGCCUGCAGCCCCGGAGGAGUGUUUGUGAGACUGCGCUGA